AAUGGCUAACAGAGAAUAUGAUUAUUUGUUUAAAUUAGUUAUAAUAGGGAAUAGUGGAGUUGGAAAGUCUGCUCUAUUAUUAAGAUUUGCCGAUGAUACUUUUAGUGAAAACUACAUAACAACAAUAGGUGUUGAUUUUAGAUUCAAAACAUUAAAAGUAGAUAAUAAAGGCUUAAAAUUAUAAAUUUGGGAUACAGCUGGAUAAGAAAGAUUUAGGACAAUAACUAAUGCUUAUUAUAAAGGGGCUGAUGCGUAAUUUAUUCAUAAAUCAAUUUUAGAAUUGUUAUAGUCUAUGAUACAACAUGUUAACAAUCCUUUGAUGAUAUUGAAAAGUUUUGGUUGAAUGAAAUUGAGAGUUAUGCAGAGAAAAAUGCAGAACUUUUAUUAUUGGGAAAUAAAUCAGAUUUAAGUACAAAAUAAGUUUAGAGUGAAAGAGUUCAAGAAUAUGCUUAGAAAAGAAAUAUGAUGUUCUUUGAAACUAGUGCUAAGACAGCUGAUGGAGUAGAAGAAGCUUUUAAGAAAAUUGCUAUUAAAUUAAUGGCUAAAAGAGAUUAAUAGGUUUAAGAGAAAAAGAAUAAAAGAAAAUAAUAAAAAGUAUUAUUUUUUAUAUUAAUAUAUCUAGUAAUCAUCAUCAUCAUCUUAAAUAACAGAAGAUAAAUCAAAUUCUUUUGAUAAAAAAUAGGAAGAUGAAUAAAAAAAUGUUAAUUUAUGGUCAAAUAAAAGCACAGAAAAAGCAAAAGAGAAUUAGUAAUGCUAAUGUUGA